GGAGACUGGUGUUGAUGAUCGGUGUGGCGGUUGUUAUUGUGGUUGUGCAUCAGUGUUUUGAGCUUCCUUAUGGUAAAGAUUUUUACUUUUCACCUGCUGAUGCUGGUUUAGCUUCAGUAGUUACAUUGUUGGGUAAUGAUACUAGUUCGAAUGAUUCGGAGACUAGGAAGUUUGAUGUUGUUGGUGUGGUGGGGGUAAUGGUUAAUGAGACUGAUGUUUUGGGUUUAGAGGAGUUUGAGUUAGAGAAAAAGAAAGAUGCAAGUAAUAUAACAGUUCAGAAGAGUUUUCCUGUGGGAAUCAAUAGGAGUGAAGAUGAUAAACCUGUUGAGGGAAAGAUAAUAGAUUUCAGAGAUGAUUCUGUACCGAGGGAUAGUAGAUUAGGUGAGAGUAACAAGGUAGAGAAUGACCCUAAACCAAUCUCAGCGAGUGAAUUUCAAAACGGAGAUGGGAUUGUGUCGGUUGUAGCUCAAGGAGCCGGUACAGAUAGUCCUGAGGCAGUUUCAAAGGGUGACAUCAAGCAAACUACUGAGCCAUUGCAAUUUGUUUCGGUUACCUUGCACGAUGUUUCGUCAAUGACUAGUAUUUCAACACUAAGGAAGUGGAAUCCACGACCGACAUCAAUAUCACAGAUGAAUUCGUUAUUGCUUCAAAGCCCCAUUUCUUCUAGUUCAAUGAAACCACGGCGUUAUUCCACACGUGAUCGUGAACUUCAAUCUGCAAAACUGGAGAUUGAGAAUGCUCAUAUCACAAGGGACAAUCCAGGGCUUAGUGCAUCUAUUUUCCGUAAUCUUUCCAAAUUUAUACGGAGUUAUGACUUGAUGGAGCAGAAGCUCAAAGUUUAUGUUUAUACAGAAGGUGAAAAGCCCAUAUUCCAUCAGCCUUUGAUGCGUGGGAUUUACGCCUCAGAAGGAUGGUUUAUGAAACUGAUUGAGGGAAAUAAAAAAUAUUCUGUGAGGGACCCCAGAAAAGCUCAUUUAUUCUAUUUACCCUUUGAUUCGCAUAUGCUGAGGUUGAAACUUAAUGGCACCAGUAAGAAGGGUCUAGAAAUGUAUUUGAAGCGAUAUGUUGGAGUAAUUGCAAAAAAGUAUCCUUUUUGGAACAGGACAGGAGGAUCUGAUCAUUUUCUUGUUGCUUGCCAUGACUGGGCCCCAAGGAUCACAAGCAAGUACAUGGGGAGUUGUAUCAGAUCUCUUUGUAAUGCCAAUGUUGCUAGAGACUUCAAAAUUGGCAAGGACACCAGUCUACCUGUUACAUAUAUCCGUUCUGUGGAGGACCCUCUGGCAAAUCUUGGAGGAAAACCUGCUUCAGAAAGAUCUAUUUUGGCCUUCUUUGCCGGGGGCAUGCACGGCUAUCUCCGACCAAUUCUGCUGCACUACUGGGAAAACAAAGAGCCAGACAUGAAAAUCUUUGGCCCAAUGCCACGAGAUAUUGAAAGCAAAAGACUUUACAGGGAAUACAUGAAGAGCAGCAAGUACUGCAUCUGUGCCAGGGGUUACGAGGUACAUACACCUCGAGUAGUUGAGGCCAUAUUCUAUGAAUGUGUGCCGGUCAUCAUAUCAGAUAACUACGUGCCUCCUUUCUUUGAGGUAUUCAACUGGGAGACAUUUUCGGUUUUCAUACAAGAAAAGGACAUCCCUAACUUGAGAAACAUCCUGAUGUCGAUCCCAGAUGAGAAGUACCUGAUGAUGAAGUCUGAAGUAAAGAUGGUGCAACAGCAUUUCUUUUGGCACAAGAAACCUGUCAAGUAUGACUUGUUUCAUAUGAUACUUCAUUCAGUUUGGUACAACAGAAUCCUUCAGUUAAAGAAAUAGAGUUUUUGGGUUAUCUGGUCAGCUCAACUUGUUUGUAAAUUUGUAUCUAUCAUGUGUUAAAUUCUUAAAUGUAAUUUCGAGUUUAAAAGUAGAAAGAUGAUGUUGUUGUCCAAAUUGUCGGUCAGCAGUGCUCAACAACAGUGGCAGUCACGUAAUUUGAGCGAGUACUGACUUAUGACAAUUGCAUACGAAAUAGAGACCUCUUAAUAUAUAUUGAACCAUUCUAACUUU